CUGAUUUCGUUGGAAUUGAUUAAUUUAAUUUAAUUAUUUUAUUUAAUUGCGAUGGCGAAGAAGAGGAAAUCCGAUUCCACGCGCCUCGAUGAGGUGGAUCGUAGCAUGUACACCGCCUUCUGCAGCGGCGCCAACUCCCUUUCUCAGCUAUACUCUCAGGCCAUGCACCAGCAGAGACUCUCGUUCCAGGACGGUGAACGCCACGCGUUGGAGAAGCUUUAUAAUUUAAUAUUGAGGCAGCAAGAAGACGGUGUUCGAGUGACGGCGAAUGACGUACUCGCAUAUGUGGAGAACGAACUUGAUUAUGGAAUUGAAGAGCCUCAGUCUCAAAGUGCAUUACAGCCAACUCACUCAGGAAUUCCGGUAUCUUCUAGCAAUUCACUGGGUCCCGCAACUGUCGGGCAAGGAUUCCGUUCAGGACAGGUGACGGAACAAUCUAGAAACUCCGUUUUCUCGAGUGCUCUCUCAAGUCCCGUUCGACGGAGUCUCCAACACUAUCACCUCCCUCAAGGAGGUCAACAGAACAGAGAUUCGAAUCCACCAGGCUCGACGGAUACUUCGAUGGAUAUGCAUCCUUAUAGCCCUGGCAACGAUUCUCCUUGUUGAAAUUUUCGAGUACUUACAUUCUUAGAGUUUAAAGAUUUGAUAGAGCAAAAUGAAAAGGUGAAAAAAAAUUAGUUGAAGUUGUGGUGCUAACACAUGAUUAUUAUAAAUGGGAAGGUUUGAAGUAUAAAUAACUUUGGGUUUAUCUGUCAAGUGUGUGCAAUGAGGUUUUGAUUGAAGGUUUGCCUAGUUUAAUUUAUUGUGAAUUGGGCCUUUGUUUUUUGUUAAUUUUUAUAUCUCAU